AUGUUUGAAUUUUUACUCAUCAUCUGUGUCACCAUAUUUGGGAUGACUACAGCUGAAACAGAAAGCGAAUUUCAAACAGCUUUACUUAAAAGACUUGAAGCAACUGAAAGCCUAGUUCGGGAUCUUCUUCAAGAGGUGAACAAAGUGAAAUCUCAAGACAAGAUUCAACGAAGCCAGAUUGCUCACAUGGAAAAGCAACUUCGUGCCCAGCAGCAACGAAGCUCUCAACUAGAAACUCUAAUGAGGAGCUUUAAAGUUUCUGGCAAAGAGGAGAGUUCCGAUAAAACAGACUGGUCUCCUGUUCUACCAUCCAAGAAGCAUUCUCUCCCUACAGACAAUGGUUCAUCAAUGCAAAGAAUACGGAGAGUAGAAAAUGAAACUCCUGUUGCAUUCUUUGCUAAGAUGGUAAAUCAUCUUGAGCAUGGUGGUGUACAUCAGACCGUUAUAUUUGACAGCGUCGUUACAAACGUAGGAAACGCUUACUACAGCCACAUUGGCACGUUCAUAGCUCCCUUACCUGGAACGUACGUUUUCUCAACAACGCUGGUGUCACGCCAUUUCAACGGUGCACAUGCACAAUUCGUAAAAAACGGAACUGCUCUGACAACUAUGUACGUAAGCGCUGGACAAACUGGGGAUGAUACGACUAGCCAAACUAUUGUUCUUCAGCUUGAGAAAGGCGAAGAUGUUUCAGUCCAAAAUCUCGACUCGGACAAAUCCUUUUACGGAGACAGUCACAGCAUUUUUUCGGGAUUCUUAUUGGAGGAGGAUUACUCAAGCUCUGUUAUUGUGGGAAAAUAAGGCCAAAAGAACAUUACAAGAAAAUAAGUCAUGCUAUAUUCAAAAUUUUCAGUUUUUACAGAUCUUGAACUUAUAUACAUUGUUAAAUGCAUAACGGAAUGUGAUAACCAUGUUGUAAAUGUGUAACAUUUUCAUUCGAAAUGAGUUUUUAGCUUGUAGCAUGAAAACAACUAACAGUAUUUUUAAAGAAAUCUGAAGUUGAGCACAUACGCCAGUUAUUGUAUGGGAAACAUGUUACUAAGUUUAAUAAGUUUAUUCUGUUUUUAUAAUUUUAAGUUAGGACAUUAACAUUGGGUUAAAUACAUGAUACAUAAAAUCGAA